AUGUGGAAUGUAUUCAACUUCAAUAAUUUUGACGACAAGCUGAAGAACAACAAAAAUGAGAAGGAGGUUUACACGCACGAGGACUUGAGGUACUACUUUGAAAAGCUGGUGAAGAUAAACCUGAACAACGUUAACAUAAACAACUUCAUCGAGCUGCUGCGGAAAAUCACGCAGAUAACAAUUUGGGGCGACAAAUAUGAUGACCAGAUUUUUCAGUACUUCUGCGAAGACAACAUAUUCAACCACUUCAUACACCUACUGAGGCAAAACAUUAACAAAAACAUAAGGAUUCAAAUUUACCAGUCCCUCACCCUAUUGAUACAAAACCUGCAAAAGGAUAUUUCUCUGUACUACAUCUUCAGUAACAACAAAAUUAACAACCUAAUUUAUACGACGUUCAUUUACCAAGACGAUGAGAUUAUGCCCUAUUACAUCUCCAUGAUAAAGUCUAUUUCUUUUUUCCUGAACUACCACACGUCCAAGUUCUUCUUUAACGAGAAGAGUAUGAAAUUCCCCCUGUACACCGAGUCGCUGAGGCUGUACAAGUUUAACGACAUCAUCACACGAACCUACGUUAAAAAUAUUAUACUAAAUAUUUUGAAGAUCGAAGACGAGGGGAUUGAAAACCUUAUCCUACUACGGUCCGCUUUCUUCACCAUCCUUGUUUGCUAUCUCCGCAAUCAUAUCAUAAAGAUGAAUAAAAUUUAUACAAAAAUAAAAGAGUCGGAAAAAUUGAAAAAAUUGUUUAAUACGUACUUGGACGAAGUGGAUGACGUUCUGUACUUUUUUGAGGACAUGUUGAAUUGUGAGAAGAAAAGGAUAAAUGACAUGCUGAUGAUUAAGCUGUUGAUUUAUUUUUUUUUUCCUAUCAUUGGUUCCUUUCACAGCUCUAUCUACUUCGACUGUGUGAGUGCUUAUGGUGAGGGGGGCAUCUGCGAGGACGACACGGGGGGGGCAAACGGUAUCGGUAACGCUAACGGGAAUGGCAACGGUGAUGGAAGAGGGAGCGACAGCGGAAACGAGAGCGGAAACGGCAAAGGGGGAGACUACCAACGGGGAGACUUCCAACGGGGUGACUACCAACAGGGUGACCAUCAAGGGAGAGACAAACGAGAGGAGGAGUUCUUCCGCAAGGAAGGCCAAGUGGCCAACUCUAGUGACCCCGUGAACUACAGCAGCAUCGAUUAUGUGUACUUCUCCAGUCAGAAGAGCCGCGAGGAGAAGGCUGCUUUAGCUUCAGCUAAGAGGGAGGACACUGGGGGGGACGUUCCCGGAGAUAGUGAAGUGAAUGGGGUCGUCCCCCUCGGUGACCACUCCGGAGAAAACAGACCCUGCGACGCGGAGGAGGCGGGGCAGGGAGAGAAGCUGAACGAAAGAGACCUCCCCCAGGAAGUGAUAGAAAGCAUAAAGGGUAGUAACCGUGUGCCAUUUAUAAAGCUAUUCGAUAACAAUUUAAAAAACGUGAAGAAUUUCGACUUUUGCAAAAGUCUGUCAUCCUCGAAUGCGUCCUCCGUGAACUCGAACGUGAGUAACGUCGAGAUGGAGAAGAAGGCUGCGAGAGCGGAGCCGCAGGCAGAAGUGCCAAUCCAGGCUGAGGUGUCAAUCCAGGUAGAAGUUCCAACCCAGGCUGAGGUGUCAAUCCAGGUAGAAGUUCCAACCCAGGCUGAGGUGUCAAUCCAGGUAGAAGUUCCAACCCAGGCUGAAGUGCCAACCCGGGAGGGAGAGCCAACCCAGGAGGGACAGCCAACCCAGGAGGAACCAACCACCGGCACGAAGAAAAGCGGCAAGAGGGGAGACAACACAUACGAGUUCCUAUACUUCAGGGGAAGGAGAAGCUCCAAUAAGGAAAAGGCGGCAGGAGAUAAGCCGCCCGAGGGGGGGACGGAAGGGAAGGAUGUACACAGUGAGGGACAUCCACAGGGAGAAAUGCAAAAGGAUAGCGAGAAAAGGGACGGGCAGUUCAUCAAGGAAAAUGAGCUGAAAGAUAGUUACUUCAGAAAACGAAAGAAGAAGAAAAUUUUCAUCCAAAUGACUUCGACGAAUGGGGUUCUUCACAAGAAAAGGCGCGGCAAGGCCUCGAAUGGGGAUGGGAGUGGCGGCGGGAAUAGCGGUGGGAGUAGCGGCUGGAAUGGCUGGCCGGGAGGAGAGGACGAACUGGGCGAGGCGCAGCAGUUGAUGCAGGGCGGUGCCUUCUGGGAACAAGUCCAGAAGUACAACCUGACCCAUCUGUGCCAUGUGGAGAUCCCCACGCUACAGAAAAAAAUCACCUUCGACGAUAACGUUAGCAGCGACUUGUACAACUACCUAUUCAAUUUCAACUCCUUCACAACGAGAGUCCUCAAGCACUAUGAAAACAAAGCGAGCGUAACAAACGUUUAUUACAAUAUCUUCAAAUUAGGUCUCCACCUACACCCCCUAUGUUACGUUAAUUCUUUUAAAAAUUUUUCAAUCCUGUAUAACUACUUAAUCAAUACCACCUUGUCCCUUUUCAUGUUAAUAAGAUCACUGAGUAUAUUGAAGAAUGAAAAAUUAAAUAAAAUUAUUUACUCGAUUAUUUUUGGAGAGUAUAUUAAUGUCCAAUUUUUGCACAAAAUUUUAUCAAAUGAUCUGAAGGACCCUUAUUUUUACAACCAUUUCUUUGAUCCCCAAAAGAAGGUCAAUAUGAAUGAGAGUCCUACGGAUGAUGUGGAAUUUGAAAAUGUGUAUUGCUCCUCUAUUGAUUAUUUACUACCUGAGUAUAAUAAGGAGGAGGAGAUGGUUUAUUUGGACUUGGUGAACGGUUACUACAGGAGGGGGGGGACGGCUUCCAAGGAGGUUGAAGCGACCUCUCAGGGGGGUGAAGCGGCAUCGAACGAGGUUGAAGCGACCUCUCAGGGGGCAACAGCCGAGGCGAUGAUGAAGUACGACGAACUGAGCAACCCGAUACUGCUAAACUUCCUGCUGCUGACCAACGUGCAGAAGGAAAAAAAUAUAAAAAAAUGCGAAAAGGACAACAUGAAGAAUAAAAUAUCAGACGUGUACCUGCUGCUAAGCAUCCAGUUCGUUUCAAAUUUUAUGAAAUCGUACGAUGGAAAAAUGAGUGACAUAGCCAUCCCGUUUUUUAAAAUUUCUCAUUGCAAUUUUGUAUACGUUUUUUGGAAUGUCAUUAAUGUGCAUAUAAAUAAUUUGUAUCUUCGAAUUAUAACGUUGAAGCUACUUGUAAAUUUGACACUGGUGUAUAUUGAGAUGAUAGAGGACGAGCGUGUGUGCGUCGAUUUCGCGUCACCGCUGCUGGGGCUCAUCCGGAAGAUCAAGAAAAAGCUAGCCAACAAAAUCAAGAGCAUCAUUGGGAAGAUGGAGUACAAAGUGUGCCAAAUUUUUUGGGAGGAAAGCAAAAUAUACGAAAACUGCUUUCAGGAAAAGAUUAACAUUUGCCGGGACUCCGUCCUCAUAAACAUCGUGAAUGGCGUGGAUGAGUCGGGCGACAACAACUUCCUUUGCUACCCCGUUUCGCAGAUUGAAAUAUAUCGAAGGAAUGUGCAUGCCCUGUUCGUCCUAGACGGAGUGUCUACCAAGCUGCAGAAACUUCUUUCCUUCGCGAAAAGCGAACAGGAGCAUACCAUUCCCUUCGAUUUUAACUACAACGACAUGUCGGCCCUGAUCGACAUAAAGAACAAGAACACCAUUAAGUGCUACCUGAAGAAUAACAAUAAAAUUUUCAACUGCUACUACAUCGAAGACAACACGAACUUCCUGCUAUGCAUCCCCUCGAACAGUCACGUGAACCAAGCACUCAUCAUUUUCAGCUACCCACUAAUGCUGAUCGAUCUGUACAUUGACAAGAACGACAACAAAAAAUUAAUAAUACAUAUUUACAGUUACAACAACGAGGAGCAUAACCAUGUGGAGAAUAACAACGUGGAGCAGAACAACGUGGAGGAUUCUGCUGGAACGAAUUUUAACAACUCGGAAAAAAUAUUUCACAACAGCAAUUUGGACAGUAACUACAUGAACACGGUCAGGUGCUACAGCUCCAACAAUGAAGACGGCCUUUUGGAGGAGACUCCCAAAGUGCACAAGAACGACUACAUCCUGAACAAGUACAGCUCUGCCUACAAGAAGAACAGGACCAUAACCAAUGUGAAGAAGGAAUGGUGUCACAAGGAACUGAACUUCAUGAAAAAUAUUCUGAAGCUGAAUUUUUAUGACACCACGAGAUCGCUCAUUGUCUACAAGGAACUCAAAUCAGGGAUACAACACAUAAACGAUAAGUAUAAGAAAAAAUUGGAGGAGUACCUCAACACGUUUUAG